GUCCUGUCGGCAGCACUAUCUUUCGCUCGUUGACGGCGCAACUUAGCAUCUGCGCCAGGCUAUGCCGUUUCGCUAUUCAUCGGCGUAGUUUUACCCGACGUACAUACGCCAUCCGCUCGUUUCAACAGUCCUCUACGACCGCUGACGCGUCGCCUGGUUUGACGACCUCGACACGAACAAAAAGUCAAGCUUCGAGACUCAAACGACGCAUAUGCAGCACCAUCGGUGAUGCGUACAUGUCGUGGUGAUGACUGCAUUGCAAGCUAUGCAACAACGUUAAGGACCACCGGUACUCAUCAUCCGUUGAGUAAGAAGCUCCAGAAAGCGACUGCCUUUUCGGGACACAGUGACCAAGCCGGUCCUUCCGAACGCAACCUGAGUCGGAGGAUGUCUACCUUGCAAAGUACCGAUGACAAACCAGCAAACCGAUGAAUGAGAGUCACGGUGUACCAGGACGUGAUCCAACUUCAUGGAGGUAUAUAGGCCAGGCCGCGUCUCUCGGCGUCGGGUCAGUUCGAUAGCAUCUAGUGCGUAUGGCUACUGGCUUUGUCUACGAAGAUCCCGACAGAGACGACCGCCGACAAAAACGUCCGCGUCUAGUUCUCGCUUGUGACAACUGCCGUCGCAAGAAAAGUAGAUGUGUUCAACCCGUGGCGGACGCGCCGUGUACCUCUUGUACCGCGUCCAACACACCGUGCACGUUCACGGACAGGGAGAGGUACUACGUCGAACGCAUGCGUAGCCUCAGGUGUCCUUCGCGACCGAGCGGAUCUAGACGCUCCAGUCCUCGUGAUGCAGGAUCCCCACCAAGGUCGAGCACACCCUCCGCAGAACAAGAGCUAGUCAGCAGCUCGCAGGCCCUUGAUCCCGCGCUCGCCGAUACUCAGCCUAGCACCCAACGUCCUCCUGGCUGCGUCCUGCUUUUCGACCCCGAUUUGCGCGGGCAAGAUCAUCCGCGCCCUCAUCCAUCCGUAAUGCCCGCUUUGAUAGACUCCUUCUUUGUACACAUGGGCACCGAUUACUCUUUCCUGGGCUACGAGAAUGUGGUACAACAGUAUGGGGCUGGGACGCUUUCGGACCUGAUCGCGAACUGCAUUGCCGCAUUGGCUAUACCAUUCAACGCCGUACCUGCGUUCUCUGGCCAGGACCUGUACGUUAUCGCGGAGACGUACGCGUACAAUGCGAAUAUGAUUCUCAUGAGAAGGCUUGAGACCUCAGAGCCCUCUGUCGAGCUGGUGAACGCGCUGAUACUCUUGGCAUGGAUAGAGUACAAGAGCGGCCGACUGGCAGAAUUCGCUUCGUACGCUCAGUUUGCAACAGAAAUGUCUCAGGUACUGCGGUUGUCAGAACAAGAUCGUCUUCUUGACGUAGCGCAGAACGAACAGGAGCUUACGCGUCUGCAAGCGACCUCGACGAGCGUCGUGCAGCUCAGAGACAUGGCCGCUUCGCUCCAGCCGUGACUAUCGACGGGAAGCCUGCCAGGCUGAUGAAUACUACCCAUUCGGAACAUGCGCAAACUGACGGGGAUAUUUGUCUAUAGCGCCCAGCAUCCCAUUCCCGUUGUUCUGUCGAACG